AUGUGUAGUGGAAAUAUAAUCACAAAAAAACAUAUUUUAACAUCAGCAUCUUGUAUUGUCAUAGAAAAAAAAAAUUAUAUAACUAUUGCCAGUAAUCUUCAAGUACUUGUUGGAGCAAGUGAUACAAGUAUGGGUGAUUAUUAUUUUGUUGAUAUUGUCAUGUGGCAUAAUAAUUACGAGCCAAAACAAUUUUGGAAAAAUGAUAUUGGAAUAUUACGAUUAGAACGAUCAAUAAUAUUUUCAUCGAGUCGUUUACAUAUUUUAUUACCAAAUUAUAAUGAUCGUUUUGGCAAAGUAAUGAGUUUAACGAAUUGGGGAAGCAUUGUAUCAGAAAUAAAUUAUGAUGUCAAAUAUCUUGAGUUUCUUCAAGUUACUGGACUAACUCGUCCAGAAUGUCGUAAAACUUUUCCUAGUUAUUUAUUAGAUUACGCAACUCAAAGCUGUGCAAAAACUAUUAAGAAAGAUGCUUCAAUUACCAUGGGUGACAGUGGUGCUGGCAUAGUUUAUACUGGUAAAUUGAUGGCAAUUGCAACUGCCUUUAAACCAGAUAAACCUAAUUUUUUUAUCUAUACAAAAAUUUAUCCUUUUGCAGAAUUUAUCAACUAUAUUAUAAGAAUGUAUUAA